AUGGAGGUAAAUUGUUUAACACUAAAAGACCUGAUCAACCCUAGGCAGCCCAGACUAGAUUUUGUGAUUGAAGAUGGGGAGAAUGCACAAAAGGAAAAUAUAUUUGUUGACCGAUCAAGGAUGGCUCCGAAGACUCCAAUAAAAAAUGAACCAAUUGAUUUAUCCAAACAAAAAAUCUUCACUCCAGAAAGAAAUCCAAUUACUCCAGUUAAGCUUGUCGACCGACAACAGGUAGAACCAUGGACACCCACAGCUAACCUGAAAAUGCUCAUUAGUGCAGCCAGCCCUGACAUAAGGGACCGGGAGAAGAAAAAGGGACUGUUCAGACCCAUCGAAAACAAGGAUGUUGCAUUUGCAGACUCUCUACAGGUUGAAUUGAUUGACUUUCUACCUUUGCUGGACAUUGCGUUGAGCAUCAUGCAAAGUGUUGAAAGGAGACGCAUCUAUGACAUUGUAAAUGUGCUAGAGUCUCUGCAACUGGUCAGCCGGGUGGCCAAGAAUCAGUACGGCUGGCACGGUCGGCACAGCCUGCCAAAAACCCUGAGGAACCUUCAGAGACUAGGAGAAGAGCAGAAAUAUGAGGAACAGAUGGCAUACCUUCAACAGAAAGAGCUAGACCUGAUAGAUUAUAAAUUUGGAGAACGGAAAAAAGAUGGCUAUCCAGAUUCCCAAGACCAACAGCUAUUGGAUUUCUCUGAACCUGAUUAUUCCUCUUCAUCUGCAAAUAGUAGAAAAGACAAAUCUUUGAGAAUUAUGAGCCAGAAGUUUGUUAUGCUGUUCCUCGUAUCCAAAACCAAGAUUGUUACUCUUGAUGUAGCUGCCAAAAUACUGAUAGAAGAAAGCCAAGAUACUCCAGAUCAUAGUAAAUUUAAAACAAAGGUACGACGCCUCUAUGACAUAGCCAAUGUUCUGACCAGCUUGGCUCUGAUAAAGAAAGUGCACGUAACAGAAGAACGAGGCCGUAAACCAGCCUUCAAGUGGAUUGGGCCUGUGGACUUCAGCACCAAUGAUGAAGAACUAGUGGAUGUUUCUGCAUCUGUCUUACCAGAAUUGAAAAGAGAAACAUAUGGCCAGAUUCAAGUUUGUGCAAAACAGAGGCUGGCUCGACAUAGUUCCUUUAAUACAAUUCAGGCUUCUGACAGGAUCAAGAGGGAAGUGAACUCAGAACCUAGCAGUCCUUACAGAGAAGAACAAGGAUCAGGUGGCUACUCCUUAGAAAUUGGAAGUCUGGCAGCUGUCUACAGACAGCAAAUAGAAGAAAAUUCACAGAGCAAAUCGUUUACCAGUAAGAGAGUAGUACCUCCAUCAAGCAGCCUGGAUCAUUUUCCUUUUCCUCCUUUCCCCAUCCUUCCUGUUGACUCAGAAUAUUCUGCUAGUCCUUUAGCCCAACAAGUAUUUUCGAUUCCUCAAAUGGACCGGCAGGCAUUCUCCACGCAGAAUGGUCUACGUGGACAAGUAGGCAUCUCACUCACUCCUGCAGCCUCUGACGUAGAGAACCUGAAACCAGCUGUGCUUGCCGGUCAGCCCUUGGUGUAUGUUCCCUCCACCUCACUAUUCAUGCUAUAUGGGGGCCUUCAGGAGGGUGUGCCCCCUGCGUCAGGCUCAGAGAGGGAUGGCGGAAGCACGGAAGUCUCAGCAGCAGCAGAGCUAUCACCUGUGUCCUCCGCUCAGAAGCGUGUCAGUGAGGAGAGGAAGCCUCAAGAGGAGGAACCAGCCAAUAAAAGACAAAGUAUGGAAUAUGAAGAUGGCCCCCUAUCCCUUGUCAUUCCCAAGAAACCUUCAGAUGUCACAAAACUCGCCUCUCCUAAGACUGUCAGUAAUACGGAAUCUAUGCCCCUUGAAGACAGCCACGUGAAUGGCCAACUCACUGCUGCAGAGGAGGGUUCAGGAAAGGCUAUGGCAAACUGCUUCAUCUCUCCCGGGUGGGGAGACCCUUCAAGAAGGACAAAGACUGAAAAGCCUUCAAAAGAAAAUGGAAGUACCAAAGAGUCCCCUUUGCUGCAGUAUCUUUAUGUGCAGUCUCCAGCUGGAUUGAAUGGUUUCAAUGUGCUUUUACCUGGCAAUCAGACCCCUCAUGCUGUGGGGCCAUCUUCAGGCCAAAUGCCAUCCCUCAGUGUUCCUUGUAUGGUCUUACCAUCUCCGACCCUGGGCCCUUUUCCAGUCCUAUAUUCUCCUACAUUGCCGGGGCUGGGUUCUUCUACUUCUGGCACACUUCCAAACAUAGGACCUGUGAAUUUUGGCUUGCCUGGCUUUGGAUCAACAGCUCAUCUUCUCAUUGGCCCUGCAACCAUGGUUCAUCCAAAGUCAUCAACACUCUGUUCUGCAGACCCUCCACUUCAGAGUCAGCCCUCACUGAACCCAAGUCCAGAGGUGUCACAGUCCUGCAGUGCCGUCCAGCCCAAAUCACCUGUUUAUGUGGGUCAUCCAGCCCCAGCAGUGAAGUUACAACAGUCACCAGCCCCAAUGACUCCAAAGAGCAUUCGACGGACACAUCGUGAAACAUUUUUCAAGACACCUGGCAGCCUUGGAGACCCUAUUACUAGGAGAAAAGAAAGGAAUCAGUCUCGAAACACCAGCUCAGCCCAGAGAAGACUAGAAAUUCCCAGCUGUGGAGCUGACUAA